CUACAUGUCAUGCCAUUAGCCUCAUACCAUCGGACAUUCGCCCAAUCACCGACUCCGACCUUCUGUUUCGGUUUUCUCCGUAGUGACCUUACCCCAGUCAACAGUCGCUUUUCCCCGUACUGCCAAUGGAGUCGCUGCUAUCCUCAAAGAAUGCGGAAAUCUACAAAGAAAAACCAACAGGUUCUUGUCCCGUAA